AGAGGCGAGUUGUGCAGAAUCCGUUGUUGGACUUGGGAGAGAAGUCAACAUCAAUCGCACUUGCAAGUACCUUGGGUAAAAAUAGAAAACAUCCCAACUCGCAUCAGUCUGAAAGCCAAUGGCUCGCAGCUCUCCCCGCUUACUCGAUAGGGAAGGUGGGCCAGGCUCCCACGUUCGAGGCAGACAUGGCGGGGCCCAAACAACUCUCCACGACCUGACGACCUCACGGCUUGACGUCGUUCCCGUCUUUGCUUCGAGCAGCUCCCGCUACGUCAAUCAAACUACGAGGUCACGAUGCAGUCCGGCAUCUCUGCAUCGCAGGAGCUGGUCUCCCAAUUCAACGACCUACUCUCGUCCGACAAACACUUCGGCCUCCUCGUGACCAUCGCCUCCGAGCAGCUGCAGCCGUUGCAACUCUUGACGCCGUCGUCUCCCGCAUCCUUCGAUUCCAACGUCGAGUCUCUGCUGGGGCCGCACAUCAAGCCCAAUGAGGCCCUCUACAUCAUCGUCCGCAAGCACCCGUCCGCACCGGCCCUCGUGGCUGUGACAUACGUGCCCGACACCGCUCCCGUGCGCCAAAAAAUGUUGUUUGCGUCGACACGCCUGACCCUCGUGCGCGAGCUCGGGAGCGAGCAUUUCCGCGACACCUUCUUUGCCACCAUGCCCGAGGAGCUCAGCCCGGCGGGGUUCAAGAAGCACGACGCCCACAGCGCGCUGGAGGCUCCACUCACCGAGGAGGAGAGAAGUCUGGGCGAGGUCAGGCGCGCUGAGCAGGAGGCGGGCAUGGGUACGGGAACGCGCGAGAUCCAUCUGAGCAAGAACCUGGCCACGCCAAUCGCCGAGGAUGCCCUGCAGGCCCUGAAAGAACUCGGCGCUGGGGAUGGGCGGACAUUGGUCAUGCUGAAAAUCAACCCGGAGUCCGAGUCUGUUGAGUUGGUCACGGAUGACUCCGCCCCCACGUCAAUCCCCGAGCUGGUGCAGACCAUCUCACCCACAGAGCCCCGUUUCACAUUCUACCGGUUUACGCACACGCACGAGGGCACCGAGUCUAGCCCGCUGCUGUUCCUCUACACGUGCCCGACCAACUUCAGCACCAAGGCCAUCAAGUUCCGCAUGAUGUACCCUCUGAUGAAACGCGCCGUUCUCACCAUUGCUGAAAAGGAGGCCGGCUUGCAACCGGACAAGAAGUUCGAGGUGGAGGAUGCCACUGAGGUCACGGAACAGGGCGUGAUGGAGGAACUGCACCCGAGGGCUGAGGUGAAGAAAGGGUUCACCCGUCCGAAGCGGCCGGGUCGGUGAACACCUAGUGUGAUAGCUUGAAACGCAAAGACCUCGUUUACCCUUG